UCGGCGGCUUUUGAUGACGUAACGGGUAGCUCAGCCGUCAACACACAAAAACAACACAAGUCAGCUGUCUGGCACGGAUUGCUACAAGCGGAAUUCGCAAAAUACCGCUUUUUACCGUUUUACAUUUUCUGUACAACCAACAACGCUUGAAGCGUCUCUAUUCAACCUUUGAUACAAAGUGGAAAUAAAUAGCAUCGAUCGGAAACUCCUUUGUUUCCGUUUUGCUUUAGCCACGAAGCGGUUAGCUUCACAAAUUGAGGGAUCGAGCGUGCCGAGCCUGUUCGACACAGAGGUAAAUUACACGUCCUCAAUAUGAUGACCUAUAAACGUCAUUAUUUUAACAACAUGAACUGCUCCAGAAUCUAAAUAUUGACUUAAAUUAACAGCAGUAAAGUUAUCAAUUGAACUUAUACUGACUGCUGAUUAAUAUCUUGUUAAAAAUGCCAUGUGUUUUCACGUGGCAACCAGUUGGUGUGUGUACUACAGUCAGGAUAUACAAAUGUUUUGUUUUUUUUAAGGAUAUACAAUGGUUUCUGAAUCUGAAGCAGCGCCACUUGCGUCAUUACGCGCCUUUGCGUGGUUUAAAUUGUAUUUAUACAAAACAAUACAUCAUUAUUUGUCUUGUUGCAGUAGCUGUAACAAAGCGCUUUAUCGAAAAUUUAACAUAGAAUCAGAAAAUACUACAACAGAACACGUUAACAUAAAUAACAAUACAAUCGUUACAAUGAUUCCUGCAUGUGCCUUGUUGUUUGAGGCUCAAACAAGAAGCUGUAAUGUCCUUUGAGGAAUACAGAGAUUGGUUCAAUUCUCCCAUCCCAUUUAGAUCGACUUCAAUUCCAAUCGCUGAAUCUCAGUCUCCCCCCCCAAAAAAUCAUGUUUGCCACCCUUGAGAAUUGCACAGAAUUACACUAUCCUGAAGGAUAGCACAGAAAACUGCAAACACUUUUCAGUUAUCAUUGUGUCUGUAGUCAUGUCCAUUCAAAAUUGAUUUGACUUCAAAUAUCUGUCGGCCAGCAUUCCAUAAGCUGAAUUAUUCAUGUGAUAAAACACCCUUUGUUACAAUCUAGAUAGGCCUUUCAAAAGAAGAUUGAUUUAUUUUCUGCAGCCAAAAAAUUGAAUCCUUCCCGACUUUGUCGUUGCUUGCUUUAAGCCAAAGAGACGGAUUUAUGGCAAAGCCAGACCGCAAGACUUCCCGGUGGAGAUUCUGACCCCCACCAUCAGCCGCCGUUCUGACCAAUCAACAUGUCUCCGCGGAAAAGACCCUUGGUUCCUGUAAGCAACCGUCGCAAAACAGAAGACGACUACUUCCCUUUCCACUUCCUGCCUGCGGAGUGCCAGCUCCAUGUGUUGUCUUUCCUAAAUGAAGUGGAUAAAUGUAGCUGCGCUCUGGUUUGCUUGAGCUGGAGUUGCCUUGUUCGUUCCUGGAAACUGUGGCGGGUUGCUGACUAUUCCCGUCGCGGCGUCUUCCACCUGGGCCAAGAGGGGUUGCUCGUGUCCAAUCGCGAGUUUGAGAGGUGGAAAUCCUGGGUUCACCUCUACACGCACCAUCUCAUCUCACGCCGAGCCAGCCUUCUCACACUGAAGGCCAGCUUUGAUUUGGGGGAUCGCUGUAAUCAGUGGGGUGACCUGCUCAGCCACCUCUUGGAUAAUGUCCACUGCAGGGAUCUCAGUCACCUUGACCUCAACUGGACGUUUACGCAUCUUGAACCUCUGGAUCUCCGGGUCCAUUCUAGCUCCAGUUCCCACCAGGACAACAUUACUAAGAUGGACCAGGUGACCAAUUUCCAGGAGCUGUUGACCAAACUCACCCAGAGUUGUCCUCGUAUCACCAAGAUGAGGUUACACUUUGACUGGUCAGAUUUGUCUGUGUCGCUGCUCACUCAGUUCCAGCAACUCAAAGUCCUUGAGCUGAAGUACUUCUGGGUUUUCAAAGGAUUGACUCCAUCCACACUGCAGACCCUAACAACAUCCCUUCCCAACCUAAAAUCUCUCACCUUACAUAUCCUGGUGCCGCUGAGGAACCUGGGUAUUUCUUACACACUGGAGUCGCUUUCUUUGGAGUUCUUGGACGUGUCACCGAGCAGAGGCCUGGUCUUCUCUUGUCUAAAGCUGCCCGCUCUGCGUGAGCUCCGAGCCAAGAAGAUUGUUCGCGGCAUCACAUUGGACAGGCGUACCAGGCUGAGGAUCCAGAGUCGAUGGCCUUGCUUGUACCAUGUCCUUCGGGAAGGAACGCCAAGGCUCCAGGCACUCAACAAUGAGAGACUCCUUCCUACUUGGAGAGAAGAGACCUAUGAGGAACUCUCGGCCAUCCUGGAUGGUUCUUGUUAUUGUGUCCAGCAUCUAGACAGCUGGCUUUGGUAACCAACCAACUCUGUGAAAGUCGUUUUAAUUCUCAAGGAUUGUUUUCAUUUACUCCGUUUGUUCAGAGGGACACAAAGAGACAUGAGAAAAUUGACAUUCAUAUGAUAAAAGUCGGCCAUUUCCGCAUACAGUAUUCCCCAAAUCUCCUGCUGUUUGUUUGCACAGCCCCAUAAACGGUUUUCAGUAAGCAGUGAGUUUUAAAUCCUUUCAGUCAAUUCCAAAAACAAAGGACGCCCUUCAAAGGAGAACAGGGACAUGUAAGAUGUUUCCAUGAUGGCGAUCACAAAUCUACACAUACACACACACACAAAUUCAGUUUUCAAAGAUGUCAAUGUUGAUUUUAAGGAAGAAAAAAAGUCUGGACCAAAAAAACAGUGAAACAAGAAAAUGAAUGCGUGAAAUACGAUUAGCUUAUACAAACCCGAUUCCAUAGAAUUUGGGAUGUUGUGUUAGACACAAACAAAACCAGAAUACAAUCAUCUGCAAGUCAUUUUCAACCGAUAUUUAAUUGAAUGCACUGCAAAGACACAAUUGUUCAAUGUUCAAACCUAUAGACGACGUUUUCAGCCAAUAAUGAUUCAUUUAGAGUUACGGCUGUAACACUUUCCAAAAACGCUGGGACUUGGUCAUGUUUGCCAUUAUGUUACAUCACAUUUUCUUUUAACAUUCAAUAAACGUUUAGGAACAAAGGACAGUAA